UUCAUGCGAGUCACAACGUAAACAUAUUCCUCAUCCAAUCUUCAUAAAUAUAGAUCGAAAUCUAGACUAAUGUAAAGAGGUUGGGCGUUGUAGCGGAUAAGUGAGUUUAGAACCAGAAAAAUUCAUCUUGAACUUUUGCCUACGAAAUUUUUUUUUUCACAGGAAAUUGGGUUUUCAAGCGUUUUUACACUGAUGGCUAACGAGUGUGCGAUAUUUCCCAAUCAAAUGAGCGGGAUGCAGUUUUUCUGGCCCUCCAAUGAUAUGUAUAUGGGCUGCAGCCCAAAUACACUGACACAAUUGCAAGAGAAGGUCUUACGAUCGUUAUCUAAGAGACAAGAGGAGGAGAAUUUACAAGUGGUUCCCGAAAACAACAAUGUUUUUGACGAUUAUUCUUCGAAUCCCUGUCAAUUGACGCACGAAACCCGAGACUGCUCCGGCUCAAGACUGCUGCCUUUUUAUCAAGACGAAAAUAAACUUAGCGCUCAUUUCCCAUGGAGUCCAGGAUUGCAUAAAUCACCAAUAACGACUACGUGUACAUCUUUAGAACCCUUAAGCACUCCCACAUUUCCAUUUUCGCCGCUUUUGAAGAGCCCAGGUUUUUGUUCGGCGCCCAGAAGUCCGUUAGCCAUGAUGGUGUUAAGCCCGUUCGGCCGAAAGCCUUCCGAAGAUCUCUCCGUGUACUUACCGGAGAAUUUCACUCCAGCAACGACUUUAGAGCGUCUUGAGCGAUCGAUUACCAGUACAGUGUUCCAGUUUCCUUCCGUUGAACAAGAUCAGGAUGAAGCUAAGGAAACAAAGCGCAACUGUAAUGAGAAAGAAAUUUCUGACGAGAAGGAGAUCGACGUUGAAGACACAAAUGUUUAUGGGGAGGAGGAAAAUUGGUUUUAUUUAAACACGCGAGAGGUAUUCCUUGAUUUUAACGAUGCCGAGAACUUUGGAGGUACUGAGAUAGUUAAAGAUGACUUCCAAAAGACGCCUAAUUUGAAUCAGACUAAAGACGGAAAGAAAAAAUUGAGAAGCAAUAAAGGCAAUGUAGACUGUUUCUUAGGGAUUGGUUUUAGGAAUGGACUCGAACGAAAACGUCGAAGCGAAAUGAAUUCCAAAUAUGAAAAAUUGAGGAGAUUUAUACCCGAGCUAGAGAACAGACAGAAAGCUUCGAAAAUACUCGUACUCAGAACCGCAGCACAAUACAUAAAAGAACUACAGAGGCAAGAUGAACUACUUAGUAAGCAAAAAGACAUGGAGAAACGUAGGAAUGAAGAACUACUGAAAAAGCUUGUAAAAAUAAAUUCGUAGUCCAAGCUUAAAUAAAAAUCGACAAACAUAAAUUUCAAAAGAUAACGAACUGUCGCAUAUACCAAUAGUUUGUAUUUCAUUAAAAUAAAAUAGCUACAACGAAA